AAAAAAAAAAAAGUAGCUCCAGCGUGACGCGACCAAGCCUUCAACGUGAAUGCCAUCAACCAUCUGCCCCGCGCAACCACCCCCUGCGCGCACACACACAUGAACGCCAGGUAGCCGUGCGGGGGGAGUCGCCGCUCCCGUCCAACGCCGCUCCCCGCGUGCUCAACAAGUCAGCCCCCCUCCCUCCACAAUGAUCUACGACCUCAACAUCGCAUGGACGCCGUCCACGCCCGCCGACGCCCUGGACUGCACGCUGCGCCAGGCCGCCGUGCUGGGCUACGACGUUGUGGCGCUCAACCACACCAUCAGCCGCCUGCCCAUCCCGUCGCCCAUCACGAACCCGAUCCCCCUCCUUUCUUCCUCCUCCUCCUCCACCGACAACCGCCGCCGACUGCCGUCCACCAUCCUCCGCCGCGCCACCGUCCACAUGGCCGACCCGCGCGACAACCACCGCCUCGACGCCGUCGCGGCCGCCUACGACGUGCUCGCCGUCCGCCCCACCACCGAGGCCGCCUUCUCCCACGCCUGCGUCGCGCUCGCCGAGCCGUCCGUCAUCUCGCUCGACCUGGCCUCCAACCUCGGCUACCACUUCCGCCCUAAGCCCGUCAUGGCCGCCGUACGCCGCGGCGUGCGCUUCGAGGUGUGCUACUCGCAGGCCAUCGUCCCUUCUUCGUCCUCUUCCUCCUCAUCCUCCUCCGGCGAUGGUGCCGACAACAACAGCAACAACCGCGCCCGCGCCCUCUUCGUUGCCAACCUCGUCGGCCUCGUGCGCGCCAGCAAGGGCCGCGGCCUCGUCGUCAGCAGCGGCUGCCCCGCCUCCCGCCCGGCCCUGCUGCGCGCCCCCGCCGACGUUGUCAAUCUGCUGGCCGUGUGGGGCCUGGCCCCCGACAAGGGGCUGGAGGCGCUGUCCGCUGCCCCCAGGGGCGUCGUCGUCAACGAGGGCAUCAAGCGCUCGUCCUUUCGCGGCGUCGUCGACAUCGUCCAGGCCGCUGGUGGCGGGGCCGCUGCUGCUGCUGCCGCUGGGGCUGUUGGCGAAACGACCGUCGUCACGGGGCGCAAGAAGCAGAAGCAACAACAGCAACAACAAAAAGUCACCAGCGGGGGCAGCGCUGACGGCGGCAAGAGGAGGAAAGGUCAAGACGACGCCAUGGCCGUCGACGACGACCCGAGUCCCGAAACAGCCGGCGCCAGUGCCGCAGGAGACGGGGGCGCACCAAGCGGGAAAGCUCACAACGGCGACCAGCAGCAGCAGCAGGGCGGCGUCAAGAGAAAAAACGGCGAGCAGGCCGGCGCUGGGGACGUGGCCGACGAGGCCGGCCAGAAGCUCAGCAAGAGGCAGGCCAAGAAGCAGCGCCGCCUGGCCGCCCAGCAGGCGCAGACGGCAGAUGCGGGGCCAUGACCGAACAGACAAGUGAGCGAGAGAGAGUAAAAUGUCUGACCGUGAGGGCUGCUUCCCAUUGGAACUAGAUCCAGCAUGGGACCUUGCGCGUUGUGUCUCUACAAGUUCAUAUAGAACAGCAAGACCAGACCGCAAUGCUACAACAGCAAACACCGAGCCGCCCAUCACUUCCAAAUCACAUCUUUACACGCGCCUGUGCCAAUCUAUACUUACAAAGGCUCGGGGAAGCCCUGUCAUAACACUUGCUCGAGAUAACAUUCCCCUUUCCGAUUUUCUGGUUAUUUCUUGAUUUAGAACUGAAACACUAUGUACAUUUUGGGAAACAAUCAUCCUCGUUCCAGCACCGCCACUCAUUGCCCUGCCUAUCCUGUCCCCCCAAAGCAGGACCUGACAGAUACAGCAAGAAACGGCGUCGCGUUGAGAAAAAAACGACGACCAGGAGCCUCCGGGAAAACGAGUUAACUUAUGCUGCGGGCAAACAUUAGCGAAAGGAAAGUUGAAACGAGGCUACGGUGAAAAAGAGAGAAAAGGGUAUGAAUGUGGAAACAAUAUUGAAAUAGCCAAAGGACGCCAGGCCAGUCUUCACUAGGCGGGUGGGUAUUCUUGUCCCUUCGUAUAUGACGGGAAAACAUUAAACAGGCAGCAAGGAAAGUGUUUUCGGGCUUGUUCAAAUUGUCUGUUUUCCUCAUCCUUGUCCGGCGACCAAGGUAGGCCAAGGUUCGGAGCAAGGAUGUGCGUCGCGUCCAAAAAGUAUGAGAUACCCCGAAUCAAAAGUCGUAGCCAGCGCA